AUGACUUUAAGGCAUGCUGUGAAAACAGAAACUAAAACGAACGGGUAUGAAGAAAACGAAGAGUUUAAGUACGUGAAGGGUAUUUGGGAUGGAUCCAAAUACGCAGGCUUUGAAGAUGUAAAAGAUCAGCCAGAUAUACAAGAAAUUACCAGUAAAUGGCCUCCUGGACCAUAUGCCUUACCAAUGCCUGUUGAUGGUUGUCCAGAGUCUAGACUGAAGGGAUGGACAGAAGGAUACACAGACAUAACAUGGCAAAAUUCAUAUGCAGUUUUCUCAAGAUCUGAAUCAAACACAGAUGCCAACACUGCCUUCGUUACGCCAAAACAAGCGAUAGAUAUUACACGAAAAGAACUACCACAAACACAAAAUAUUCUUCUUGGCCCAUACAGUGCAUAUAGAAUUAAACUGAAUUUCUGUUAUAAAACCAGACGAAACGAGUCAGUUGACAUUGGUUCUUGGCCAGAUGGGAAUUACAGUAUUUACGGUGAUAUAAAUGGCUGUCCUAGUGGCUUUUCUAGUGAUAUGGUCAACUUCCGGUUGGGAAAGAUUUCGUAUGCAAUGUAUGAUGGGCAGCUUCCAGAAUUGAAACAGUACAAGAAUGAGCAGAUGAUUGACUUCAUACAAAUACGUAUAUGCUCACACACUAUCUACGAGAAUGACAGACAGAUUUUAUCAACUCGGAUCACAGCUGAUGAUCCGUUUAUACUUCUUCAUUCCAGUAUUGUGCCUUCGCGGGACCAAAGCUUUCGUUGCCCCCUAAUGCCAGGCAUGGAUGUCACUCAAGAGUCAUUGUACUUGCAACUAGACGAGACCACUACACAACUGACUUAUUUACUUCGCUUGUGCUGUUAUCGUCCAGACUUCUGGAAGCAGCAAGAUUCUACACCGACGAACUUUGAAGAAUCAAUGUCAAUUCCGGAAGGGACGUUUGUAGCAAGAGUUGCUGCAACUACAGGGAAAAUGUCUCAGAAAAAAGGACAGCGAAAUUAUAUACAUUUUAACACAACAUAUGAUAUUUCAGGGGUGGCAGAAAUACUGUCGAAUGAUUUCAGUUCUUCAACACAAUUACACUGGAAGAUGUUGGAUAUGGGUCGAACAAUAUCUGUGUUUGGAAUUUUUAUACCAAUUUCUGACUGGCCGACUUAUGAUGAUUCAGAUGGCGAUAUUCUAAGAUGUUACUACGGCGAAAGGAAGUGGAGCUUUUUGCACUUCGACACAACUGUUUGUACUUUCAACGUCACAUAUUCUCAUAGACCUGGUACCUACCCUGCAGAAAUAGUCGGCCACUUGUUGAUUAUGAAAAAGGUAUUCGAGGGCAGGUAUUUUACUUUCGUUAGCAGUUUACAAAAAAUGGUAAAUAAGUCACUUACUGAAGACAUUGAAAUGACAGUACUGUCCACAGGCUAUUCACAUCUGAAUGACAAGAAAGCACGUUGUAAUACUGACAUGGGUAUGGGUGAUUAUGGCAUAGAUGAUUUACAGAUAUCUGCAUCGAGUUCACUUCCAGAAUUUCCAGCACGAAAUGCUCGUCCUUUCCAUUCUAGUUGGUGUGCAGAUGUAGACGACAAUAACCCUUUCAUACUGGUUGACCUUUAUCACAUCAUGGAAGUAGAAGGAGUAACCAUAUGGAAUUGGGAACACGUCGUUGAGACACUCGUAAAUGGAUCAAUACAUAAACAAUUUCUACAUAUUGGGGCCCGGUCCUUCACCAUCUUUUACGGUGAAUCGAAAUACAACUUCACAUUCUACAAUAAUCAGGUGUUCACACUGGUUGCGUUGUAUCCAGUGGAUGAGCCCCAGACUUUUAUGUUUUCCUUCCCAUUUUACGCUCGAUAUGUAAAAAUGCACGUGCUGGAACCACUGACUUAUAACCUCUCCUGUCUUAGAUUUGAACUACAUGGUUGCAGGAAGACAGACUCCAGAAACUUACAAUGCAAAACGUCGACGAGAAUGAAACAUGUACCAGCAAUUACCAAUCUGUCUGUCAAGCCUAUGCUAGAGUUUAAAAACCAGACAGUGAAUGAGUGUAAUAAAUUGUGUAUAAACAAUACUGAGUGUAGUAUAACUAAGAGUUCAUUCGACGGCGUCUGUUUGCAUUAUGAAUCAAAUUAUGACGGUGUGUGGAAGCGAGACACAGCGGAAAAAGCAACUGCGAUUUGGUCAACAAAGAUCUGUAGUUCAGAUUAUAUAGCGUAUCCAUACAUUGCUUACAUGGUAAUCGCACACAGCCUUGCCCAAUGGAAUGCAACUAUCUUGACGUAUUUGUCGGUCAUUAGAAAGUCCACCGUUCUAACCAGUUUUGGAUAUCCUUUGAAUUAUGGCACAGGAGAAAGCUACAAGUGGCUUAUACAUUUCGAUGAUUUGGAGUAUAUAAAGCUUGUAUUUACAGAUGUGAACUUCAAUCUAUACAUGGUAGGUAUACAUAUUGUGUGCUGUUUUUUACUUAAAAAAUGUAAAAUCUUAAUAAAAACAUUUCUUGUGUUGUUUAUUGUAAUUCUUCGUAAAGUAUCAAAUGAAUAUAGUCAAAUAUUGUGA